ACUGAAAUCAAUAGAAAAAUAAAUAAAUCUCUUUUUUUUUUCGUUGGCUUUUAAUCAAUUCGAUUUGAUUGAAAAAGGACGUGAGUUUUGUGUGAAGCAGUGAGAAUAUAGGAAAAACAUCAAGACAUACAUAAGAAUAUUAAUUGAAGAAUUUGUAUUGCAAAUAGUAAAUUAAUAUUUACUAUGAGUGGUCCACGACGAUCAACUGGAGCUAUUCCAAAAUCCAAUUUAAUUCCUCCACAUCCUCGUCAAGCUAAAAUACAACAAAUAAUCAAUUCGAAAGCAAAUCCCGAAUACAAAACCAGACGAUUAUGGUAUGAAUUAAAUCUACCCGAAUGUACAAAGGAUAUCUUCAAUGGCAAACGAUUGAGUAUGGAUGAAUCUGAAGUAAGACACACCAGAUGCAUGCAACCACAAAGAAAACGUACUCGACGCAAUCGAAAUACAAAAUAUCGAUCCUACUUGCAAAUGCGUCAAGAUCGUGAAAAUUUUCGCAAAAAACUUGUCGAACUCAUUGCACGUAAAGAUCAUGAAAUUGACGACGAAACCAAUCAGUUUCCCAAUGCUGAAGAAAAAGAAAUUAUGCGUUAUUAUUAUUAUAUUAAGCAUGGAAUCGAUACAAUUCAUGUGUCUCCAUUGAGCAUGAAGGUUUUAACUCGAAUCAAAGGAAUGAUUCCGCAGUCAAUGUUGAGAUUCGAUACGGAAAUGUCUGAUAAUUUGACACAAAUUAAAUCGGAUUAUAUUUUUGCCAUGAAAAAAGCUGUUAUAGAUUUUGUUUUAAGUAAUUCAUUGCAAUGUGAACAAAAGGAGAAGGAUCAGAAAGAGACAGCAGAAAGGAUUGAAGCUAAGGCAACAUUCAAUAGAUGGCGUUAUCGCUAUGACGAAAACCGUUUGAAAAUUAAGAAAACCCUUUUCUCGAUACAUCGAUGUGUGGCUCACAUAUUGGCUCUCUGGACAACCAAGUUCAAAGAUCUCGCAUUCAUCGAUUUCGAAGAGCUAUCUUCCCAUUGCGAGGCUUUUGAACUUUUUGAAUUCACUAACCAAUGUUCAUCGCAUAUUGAAAAAACCAAGUUAUUAUUGAAAGAAAAUUGGUAUGGUGAAAUCCACAGUAUCCUUUUGCGUGGGCACAAACGGAAUAUUCUGCCAGAUGUUCGAAAACCAAAGUUGCUAGCUCGUUUUUAUAAUUGUGUUGCAGCUCUUAUGACUCAACAACUGGAGGAUGCUUGUAUAAGAAGCUUAACGUUGUUUGCAGAUUUUAUGUGUGAUUAUGGGAAAUCUAAUCCAGGUCUAAAACUAGCCAUACAGCUUGAAGAUCAAGAUACACUUGUAUUCAAUCCAAGCUUUAGCAAAAUCAAAGAAGAAAUCAUGAGAAUUAUUGACAACAUUAUCUUAGCCAUUCAACAAUUGCCUCGUGUCGAAACUAAACUUUAUACAGAUUUGAAAAUUUCUAAACAAAUCUAUCUCAAACCUGCCAUUCCAGAAUCGAUAAUUUUCGCUGCUAAACGAAAAAUUUCUGAUUUACUCGAAGAUCAACGUAUUGGACCGGAACUUAGAUUACAAGAUUUUGAUCAGUUUAUGAGUUUAAUGAAUGGUAUCGAUGCUGAUACAAUUGGUCGAUUUAUAGAAUCUGAGCCACCAUUUGAAAGUUAUUGCAACAAAUUGAUCUACUAUCGAGAGUUAGAAGAUCGAAUUGCAAAAGAGAUAUGGGGUGUCAUACGAAUGGGUUUAUAUGAGUUUCAUCGUGAAGGACUUAUAACGAAUUUGGAAAAAUUGGCACGAUUUAUGCAGCAAGAAUUAUUAACAACAAUGGUGGGAAAUCAACAGGCAAAGAUAAGUAAACUUGGAAAGGAAUAUGAGACGAUUGCGAAGAAAGCUUUGACGAUACCAGAGAAUACAGCUGAAUUGAUGAGUUUGAAGGCAUUUGUUGCUCAAACUGAAGAUCGGACCGCUCCGGAAAUGGAACAAAGAUUGAAAAUUAACAUGGAUCACAUUCUUUGGCUUAUGGAUCACAUGUUGUACACACCAUUGGAAAUAAAAAACAACAGCAAUACAUUUCGAUGGUUUCUCCAACUACCGACUGUCUUCAAAGAACAUCGCGAAAUCAUUGCUGACAAAACAAUUGAAUAUCAAGAACUUCUUAAAAAACGCAUCGAAGCCUUUCGACGUGAUCUUCAAAAUUACAACGAACAAGUUCAAGAUUAUGAAAAUUGGGGUGACAUUAAAACUCUAUUAAAAUACAAGAGACGUGCAACAGUACUUGACAAUCGUUUAAUUGUUGCCAUGGAAACAAUCGAUAAAAUCAAUGAAGAAGAAACAUCAUUCGGAUGGGAUCUAUCACAAUAUCCGAUACGAAAGAAAACUCAUGAUCAUUUGAUGCCAUUCAAAAAGCUCUAUGAUGCUGGACAAGAAUUUAUGGACAAACAUGAUCUUUGGAUGCAUUCACAAGUUGGCACAUACGAUCCGGAUGAUAUUGAGAAUGAAGUAUCAGCAACUUAUCGAGUUAUUCAGAAACUUGAUAAACAAAUGGGUGAUAAGCCACAAACUAUGGAAUUGGUUCAUGAGAUUAAAGAAGAAAUUGAUGCUUUUAAACAUCAUAUGCCAAUUAUUAGUACUUUGGGUAAUCCUGGAAUGAAGGCUCGUCAUUGGGAAGAAGUUUCUGAAAUUAUUGGAUUUCCGAUCAAAGUAUCACCUGAAUUGACAUUGGAAAAAAUUAUCGAAUAUCAAUUGGAGGACUAUCUGUCAAAGUUUGAGACAAUUUCGGAGAGUGCCACUAAGGAGAAUAAUCUUGAAAGAGCUAUGAGUAAAAUGGUUAAUGAAUGGGAAGAAAUGUCAUUUAAUGUUUCACCAUAUAGAGACUCUGGAACUUUCAAACUGGCUGCAAUUGAUGAUAUUCAAGUGCUUUUAGAUGAUCAAAUAAUAAAAACUCAGACUAUGAAGAGUUCACCAUACAUAAAGCCUUUCGAAGAAGAUCUUUUGAAAUGGGAAGCAAAACUUAUGCUUUUACAAGAUAUUCUAGACGAUUGGUUAAGAGUUCAAGCAACUUGGAUGUAUUUGGAGCCAAUAUUCUCAAGCCCGGAUAUUCAACAACAAAUGCCAGAAGAAGGUAGACGAUUUAGUGCUGUUGAUAAGAUUUGGAAAGAUCUUAUGAAAAUUGUAGCCACUGAUUCUCGUGUAAUGUCCGUGGUGGAAAUAGAAAAAAUGUCCGAAAAGCUUAAAAAAGCUUUCAAUCUUCUAGAAAUCAUUCAAAAGGGUCUCAAUGCGUACCUUGAGAAAAAACGCCUCUAUUUCCCUCGGUUCUUCUUCUUAUCGAACGAUGAACUUCUUGAGAUUCUAUCCGAAACUAAAGAUCCAACUCGAGUUCAACCACAUUUGAAGAAAUGUUUUGAAGGCAUAGCUACUCUCAAUUUCACCGAAGCUCUAGAAGUUACGAUGAUGCGUUCUUCGGAGAAAGAAGAAGUUCAAUUAGUAGAGGUUAUAUCAACAGCAAAAGCUAGGGGUCAAGUUGAGAAAUGGCUUUUAGAACUUGAGAUCUUUAUGAAGAAAAGUAUACAUUAUAAAAUUCGUCAAGCAUUUGAAAGCUAUCCGAAUACUCAGCGUGAUAAAUGGGUUUUAAUAUGGCCAGGACAGACAGUACAAUCGAUAUCAUUAACCUAUUGGACAGCUGAGAUAACACAAUGUUUUUUCACCGAAAAUCCAGUUGAUAGUUUGGAGAAAUAUUUAGAAAUUUGUAAAUCUCAGAUCAUGCGAAUUGUCGAUCUUGUUCGUGGAGAUCUAAGUCUUCAAAAUCGAAUCACUUUAGGAGCUCUUGUCGUUCUAGAUGUCCAUGCUCGUGAUGUAUUGGCUGAAAUAUGUCAGAAAAAAGUUUCCGAAUUAAAUGAUUUCCAGUGGUUGUGUCAGUUACGAUAUUAUUGGGAAGAAGAUAAUUUAGACACGAGAAUGAUUAACUGUUGUUUGAAAUAUGGCUAUGAGUAUUUGGGCAAUACAACGCGAUUGGUUGUUACACCAUUGACAGAUCGCUGUUAUCGAACACUUUUUAGUGCUUUGCAUUUACAUUUGGGUGGAGCUCCAGAGGGUCCAGCUGGUACUGGAAAAACAGAGACGACUAAGGAUCUGGCGAAAGCUGUUGCUAAACAAUGUGUUGUUUUUAAUUGUUCGGAUGGAUUGGAUUAUUUGGCGCUAGGAAAGUUUUUCAAAGGUUUGGCUUCGUGCGGAGCAUGGUCAUGUUUUGAUGAGUUCAAUCGAAUUGACCUUGAAGUACUGUCUGUUGUGGCUCAGCAGAUUUUGACAAUUCAACGUGGCAUCAAUUCUGGCCAACCAACAAUGAUCUUUGAAGGAACCACUCUUAAACUAGAUCCAACUUGUGCUGUUUUCAUUACAAUGAAUCCCGGUUAUGCUGGUCGUUCUGAAUUACCUGAUAACUUAAAGGCCCUCUUCCGAUCAGUAGCCAUGAUGGUACCAGACUAUGCAUUAAUUGCAGAAAUCGAACUCUAUUCUUAUGGUUUUCUCAGUGCAAAACCAUUAGCUAUUAAAAUAGUUGCAACUUACAGAUUAUGUUCGGAACAAUUAAGUACACAAUCACAUUAUGAUUAUGGCAUGAGAGCUGUAAAAUCUGUUUUAAAAGCUGCUGGUGCUUUAAAACUUCGUUAUCGUGAUGAAAAUGAAGAUAUUUUAGUUCUGCGAUCAAUCAAAGAUGUUAAUCUUCCAAAGUUUCUUAAUCAAGAUGUGCCACUUUUUCAAGGUAUCACUUCGGAUUUGUUUCCAGGAGUUACACUACCUGAAUCCGAUUAUGUGCUGUUUAAUCAGUGCGUUAGAAAGGCAUGUGAAAAAAAUAAUAAACAGUGUACGGAGUUCUUUUUGGAGAAAGUUCAACAGCUCUAUGAAAUGAUUGUUGUCCGACAUGGUUUAAUGAUAGUUGGUCUUCCGUUUGGUGGCAAAACAACCUCCUAUAGAAUACUUGCCGAAGCCCUACGUUACAUGGAAGAAGCUGAUGGCAGUGAAAAAGGAGCAAUUUACACUGUCAUCAAUCCCAAAGCCGUUACAAUGGGCCAACUCUACGGACAAUUCGAUAUGGUCUCUCAUGAAUGGAGUGAUGGUAUCCUAGCUGUAAGCUAUCGUGAAUUCGCCGUUUCAGUUACAACCGAUAGAAAAUGGUUGAUAUUCGAUGGACCAGUUGAUGCAAUUUGGAUAGAAAAUAUGAAUACCGUUUUAGAUGAUAACAAAAAACUAUGCCUAAUGUCUGGCGAGAUUAUUCAACUAGCUCCAACAACUAACUUAAUAUUCGAACCUAUGGAUCUUGAGGUAGCAUCACCGGCCACAGUGUCCCGUUGUGGAAUGAUUUACAUGGAACCAGGUUCUCUUGGCUGGGAACCUUUGGUAACAUCAUGGAAGAAUACUCUACCAGCUUCAUUUCAUAGUGUUAGCAAACAGCUUAUAUCGAGCUUGUUUUCUAGAUUUUGCCCAAUUCUUCUGUGGCUAGUGCGUAAGGGUAAUCUUCGGGAGAUUUCUACAACUUCCGAUGCAAAUCUUAUCAAUUCUUUAAUGAAUCUUUUUGAUUGUUAUAUGGAUGACUUUUUGGACGAACAAUAUGUCCAAGGUCUCUCUGAUUUGGAUGUUCGAGCGCAAAUCGAAGGGGUCUUCUUCUUCUCAUGCAUAUGGUCUCUAGGUGGAGCUUUGGAUUCAGCAAGUCGAGAUAAAUUCUCAAUUGUCUUUCGAGGUUUGAUGGAAAAGACUUUCCCGGUUAGUGUGUAUGAAACGUUUUCUGUCCCAGAAGAGUUACAUGUACCACCUCUGGCAAAACCUUUCAUAUUCCCAAUUCCAAAGCCUGGAAGUGUUUUCGAUUAUCGAUUUAUUAAAGAGGGCAAAGGUAAGUGGAAACCUUGGGAAGAUGAAGUUGCUGCAGCUGCUCCAAUCCCACGAGAUAUGCCAGUCAAUCAGAUCAUUAUUACCACAAGUGAAACGGUUCGUGUGGCUGCAAUACUUGACUUACUCAUACGUCAUGGGAAACCUUUAAUGUUGGUUGGAAACACCGGAACUGGAAAGAGUUGUUAUGCCAUUGAUUAUCUUCUUAAGAAAGCUGAUACCGAAGUGUACAAAGCACUUUUUAUCAAUUUUUCAGCACAAACCUCAGCAAAUCAAACGCAGGACAUUAUCAUGGCUAAACUGGAUAAACGUCGAAAGGGGGUCUUUGGUCCUCCAUUGAACAAGAAAUGCGUGGUUUUCGUUGAUGAUGUAUCAAUGCCUCUCAAGGAAACCUAUGGAGCUCAACCGCCUAUCGAACUUCUUCGAAUGAUGCUUGACCAUUGGAUGUGGUAUGACCGGAAGAACAUUGUCCCACUUAAGCUUAUUGAUAUUCAGAUGGUUUGUGCUAUGGGACCGCCUUCGUCGGGAAAUACUGUCACACCAAGGUUUCAAAGGCAUUUUAAUGUAUUGGGAAUCGAUGAGUUUAGUGAUUCAAUUCUGAGAGUGAUUUUCGGAAAGAUAGUUCUAUGGCAUUUGGAUACGAGAGGUUUUUCGAAAGAAUUCGAUCCUUGUAUAGAUGAGAUUGUCAAUGCUACAUUAGAUGUCUACAAUAAAGCUAAGCUUAAUCUAUUGCCAACUCCAGCCAAGUCACAUUAUUUGUUUAAUUUGAGAGACUUUUCUCGUGUGAUUCAAGGGGUUUUACUGUCGGUACCAGAAGCUACGGAAGAUUUGAAUUCCAUGCGAAGACUUUGGGUUCAUGAGGUUUUGCGAGUUUAUGGAGAUCGUUUGGUAGACGAUAUUGAUCGAUCAUGGCUUUUUAGUUCGGUUUGUGAGCAAAUGCAAGUACAUCUUAAGUCAAAACCUACAGAAUUAUUUUCAAGAUUUCUUGAAAAAGAACGUGAUUUGGAAGAGAAUGAUUUAAGAAAAUUGAUGUAUUGUGAUUUUACUAAUCCAAAAGCUGAUACUAAAAACUAUGUCGAAGUUGAAGAUCCUGAAGAGUUACGUUCUAUUGUGGAGACUUAUCUUGUAGAGUUUAAUAAUAUGUCCAAAAAACCUAUGGAUUUAGUAUUGUUCCGUUUUGCCAUUGAACAUUUGUCUAGAAUAUGUCGGAUUAUCAAACAACCUCGAAGUCAUGCUUUGUUGAUUGGUGUAGGCGGGUCUGGAAGGCAGAGUUUGACACGUCUAGCAUCUCACAUAUGUGAUUAUGAGUUGUUUCAAGUGGAGAUUACUCGACAGUAUGGACCGAAUGAAUGGCAUGAAGAUAUUAAGGGAAUUUUGAGGAAAAUUAGCGGAUCAGAUUUGCAUGGAGUUUUUCUGUUCACUGAUGUUCAGAUAAAAGACGAGUCAUUUCUUGAAGAUGUUAAUAAUCUUUUGAAUUCUGGAGAGGUACCGAAUUUAUUCACGAAUGAGGAAAAAAUUGAAAUCUGUGAGAAAAUGCGGCAAAUUGAUAAACAGCGGGAUAAAGCGGUUCAGACUGAUGGCAGUCUUGUGGCAUUGUUUAACUUUUUUGUUCAGGUUUGUAAAGAUCAACUUCAUAUUGUUUUAUCAAUGUCACCAAUUGGAGAGGCUCUUCGAGUUCGUGUACGAAAAUUUCCAUCGAUUGUUAAUUGUUGUACAAUUGAUUGGUUUCAACCAUGGCCAGCUGAUGCUCUAUUAGCUGUUUCAACUAGAUUUUUAGCUAAAGAAGAUUUAACCGAUUUGGAAAGAAAAGCCGCUAUUGAUAUGUGCAUGGAUUUUCAUACUUCAACACAAAAAUUAUCGGAAAAAUUUUAUUUAAGAUUGAAACGUUAUAAUUAUGUAACGCCGACAUCGUAUUUGGAAUUGAUACAAACUUUUAAAGGGUUGUUGGGAGCUAAACGGAAGACAAUUACUACAAAUCGAAGUCGAUAUCUAACUGGAAUAUCACAAUUGGAUAUUGCAUCACAACAAGUUGGUGUUAUGAGUGAACAAUUGUUGGCAUUGGAACCGAAAUUGAAAGUUGCAUCGGAGACGGUCGCCGAACAAGUAGCCAAAGUACAAAAAGACAGCGAAGCAGCAGCAAGUCAACGUGAAAUAGUUAAACAAGACGAAGCUGUUGCAUCCGAACAAGCUGGCAAAGCUCAAGCUAUCAAAGACGAAUGUGAUGUUAAACUUGCCGAAGCCCUACCAAUUCUAAACUCAGCAUUGGCUGCCUUAAACACUCUUACAACAGCUGACAUUGCUGUUGUCAAAACAAUGAAAAGUCCACCAAUUGGUGUGCGAAUUGUCAUGGAAGCAAUAUGCAUUUUAAAAGACAUCAAACCCGAUCGUGUGGCAAAUCCAUCGGGGGUCGGUAUGAUUGAAGAUUAUUGGGGUCCAUCGAAGAGGGUUCUGGGUGAUAUUAAAUUUCUUGAUAGUUUAUUAAAUUUCGACAAGGAUAAUAUCGCACCGGCAAUAAUAAAAAAACUUCAAGAUCGAAUAUUGACAAAUGAAAAUUUUGAUCCGGAUAAAAUAAAAUCAGCUUCAACAGCUUGUGAGGGUUUGUGUCGAUGGGUGAUUGCAUUGACAAAAUACGAUGUAGUUGCAAAAGUUAUUGCCCCAAAGAAAAUCGCCCUUGCUGCUGCUGAAGCUGAAUAUAAUGCAGCACAAAAACUACUCGCCGAGAAACUUGCUCAACUUGCUCGUGUCGAGGCCAGUCUGGCGGAAAUUCAAAAAAUGCUCGAUGAACAACUGCGCCAAUUUAAGAGCCUUCAACUCGAACAUGAAUCGGUAACAAAAAAACUUAAUCGUGCACAGGAACUCAUUAGCGGAUUGGGUGGUGAGCGCACCCGCUGGCUGGAAGCGGCACGAAUCCUAGAUGAAACGUACCACACCUUGACCGGGGACGUGCUCAUUGCUUCCGGUGUUGUCGCAUAUCUGGGGCCAUUCACCAUCGAUUUCCGUGUCAGUCAGAUCCGGAAAUGGGUAACGAAAUGCACUUCGUUUGGCAUCGUCUGCAGUCAGGACUUUCAAUUACAACAAGUGCUGGGGGAUGCUGUUGAAGUUCGCUCUUGGAACAUCUGUGGCCUCCCAAGUGAUUCGUUUUCCAUUGAAAGCGCUAUUAUAAUGAGAAAUUCUCGCCGUUGGCCUCUAAUGAUAGAUCCCCAAGGUCAAGCCAACAAAUGGGUAAAAAACAUGGAAAAAGGCAACAAACUCUGUGUAAUUCGUUUAAAUCAACCCGACUACACCCGAAUUCUCGAAAACGCCAUACAAUUCGGUCUACCAGUUCUAUUAGAAAACAUAAACGAAGACUUGGAUCCAUUACUAGAGUCUAUUUUGUUGAAACAACUCUUUAAACAAGGUGGAGCUUUAUGUAUAAAACUUGGUGAUUCAAUCAUCGAAUACAAUCAUGAAUUCAGAUUUUACAUCACAACAAAGUUAAGAAAUCCACAUUACCUACCUGAAGUUGCCGUCAAGGUGACACUCUUAAAUUUCAUGAUAACAACACAAGGUUUACAGGAUCAGAUCCUUGCCAUCACUGUUGCCCGUGAACGUCCCGACUUGGAGGCUGAAAAAAACACUCUCAUCGUUCAGAGUGCUGAAAAUAAACGAACACUAAAAGAGACAGAAAAUAAAAUCCUUGAAGUUCUAUCGUCAGCGGAAAAUAUUCUAGAGGAUGAGACCGCUGUCCAAGUGCUUAGUUCCUCAAAGGCAUUGGCAAACGAAAUCAACGAAAAACAAGCCAUCACCGAAGUCACAGAGAAACAAAUCGACAUUGCACGCUUGGGAUACACCCCCAUAGCUGCUCAUUCUACAAUACUAUUCUUUACCAUUGCCGAACUGGCAAAUAUCGAUCCGAUGUAUCAGUACAGUCUCGCUUGGUUCGUGGGGCUUUAUACAGCGUCAAUUGACAACACGGACAAAGUGGACGAUGUGACAGAAAGGAUGGCGGAUUUGCGGAAGCACUUUACCUACAGCUUGUACGUCAACAUCUGCCGCAGUCUGUUCGAGAGGGAUAAGCUCCUUUUUUCGCUGAUUUUGAAUAUAAACCUGCUAAAGUCCGAGGGUGAAAUCGAUAACUCUGAAUGGAUGUUCCUGUUGACUGGUGGCAUUGGUCUCGAUAAUCCUUUGGCAAAUCCAGCUAAAUGGCUUCCGGCCAAAUGUUGGGAUGAGAUCUGCCGACUAACAAAUACAUCAGCCAAUUUCAAAGGAAUUCGCGAACAUGUACAGGAUAAUAUUGGCCAAUGGAAGGGUUAUUUUGAUGCAGAAAACCCCCAGGAUGCUGUCAUUCCAUUGCCGUGGAAUGAAAAAUUGACGACGUUUCAAAAACUUCUCAUUUUGAGGGUAUUCCGUUCCGAUAAAUUGGUUCCGGCUGUGUUGCAUUUUGUUUUAGAAAAAAUGGGCCGACAAUUUGUGGAACCACCACAAUUUGACUUGCAAGCUUCUUUUAGCGACUCACAUUGCUGCAUACCUUUGAUAUUUAUUCUAACGCCAGGUGCUGAUCCCACAGCAACUCUCCUCAAGUUUGCAGAUGAUCAAGGUUUUGGCUCAAAUCGAUUGUUUUCACUGUCUCUUGGCCAAGGACAAGGUCCAAUAGCUGUGAAACUCAUUGAUGAGGGCACUAAAUUUGGCAAUUGGGUAGUUCUACAAAAUUGUCACUUGGCCAAAAGCUUUAUGCCAGUUUUAGAGAAAAUCUGCGAAACACUUUUGCCCGAUCAAACACAUCCAGAUUUUCGUUUAUGGCUCACAUCAUAUCCAGCUGAUCAUUUCCCCGUUGUAGUAUUGCAAAAUGGCAUUAAAAUGACAAAUGAACCUCCAAAAGGAUUACGCUCGAAUAUAAUUCGUUCAUUUCUAACUGAUCCGAUUAAUGAUCCCGAAUGGUUUGAGAAUUGUAAACAGCCAACCACAUUUAAAAGACUCAUCUAUUCGUUGUGUUUCUUUCAUGCUGUGAUUCAAGAACGUCGAUAUUUCGGACCAAUUGGAUGGAAUAUACCCUAUGAAUUUAAUGAAACUGAUUUAAGAAUAAGUUUAAUGCAAUUGAGAAUGUUUUUGGAUCAAUAUGUUGGUGUGAAUUAUGAAGCAUUAAGAUAUUUAACUGGAGAAUGUAAUUAUGGUGGUCGAGUGACAGAUGAUUGGGAUAGACGAACGCUCAAAACUACAUUGGAUCGAUUUUAUUGUCCCGAAAUGUUUGAUGAAGAAAAGGUCUAUUAUUUGGAUGAUUCUGAGGUGUAUUAUGUGCCGGAGUUUAGAGAGAAUGAAGCUUAUGUGAAUUUCACCAAACAAUUACCUUUGAUAGCAAAACCAGCUAUUUUUGGAUUCCAUCCGAAUGCAGAUAUUAUGAAGGAUCAAAAUGAAACGGAUGAAUUGCUAGCGCAUACUUUGUUAACACAGAAAUCCCUGACACAGCAGGCAAUUUACAUUGAAAGCUUAUCCAGGAAAUUUCCCGAAAACCUUCAUUUACCUAAUGUUCCUAAAUGUCCUGAAUUCCUAUCCCUUGAUAUUUCCAUUUCAUUCAUCCUCACACAGGACACAACAACAACAACUGCUAGCGGGACCGGGAAUGAUGGUGCUGCUACAGCAACACCUGAAGAACUGGUAAUUAAUGUAGCCUCAGAUAUUCUAAUGAAGCUUCCUGAAGACUUUGAUCGUGAUGCUGCGUUAGCUAAAUAUCCAACAAGCUAUCAUCAGAGUAUGAAUACAGUGUUGGUGCAGGAAAUGGUGCGCUUUAAUGUUUUACUUGGAACCAUUCGCACCAGUUUGAUAACUUUGAAGAAAGCCAUUAAGGGACUUGUUGUUAUGUCAACACAAAUUGAAGAAGUCUACAAAUCGGUUUUGAUUGGAAAAAUACCCAAAAUGUGGGCUAGCAAGUCGUAUCCCAGUUUGAAGCCCCUCGGAAGUUAUGUGCAGGAUUUCAUUCAACGACUUGAAUUCCUACAAAAAUGGUAUGAAAAAGGUCCACCAUCAACAUUUUGGCUAUCAGGUUUCUAUUUUACGCAAGCCUUUCUAACAGGGGCACAACAAAAUUUCGCCCGAAAGUAUGUCAUUCCCAUCGAUUUAUUGGUCUUUGACUAUCAAGUUUUGGGUAAUGUUGAAGGCGAUGGUGGGCCAGAUAUUGAGGCACCACAGGAUGGUGUCUAUGUGCAUGGAAUAUUUUUAGAAGGUGCUCGUUGGGAUCGCCCAAAUGGAUACUUGGCCGAAUCACACCCUAGAGAGCUGUUUGAUAGUGUGCCGCUGAUUUGGAUGCGUCCGUGUAAACGGGAUGAUUUAAAAGCAAGACACACGUAUUUGUGUCCGUUGUAUAAGACAGCGGAGCGUCGUGGUAUUUUGUCGACGACUGGGCAUAGUACUAAUUUCGUGGUAGCCAUGUUGAUGGAGUGUAAUCCGAAAACACCCACGUCUCAUUGGAUAAUACGUGGAACAGCUUUGCUUUGCCAAUUAAGCUUUUAAGGGAUUUGGUGGGGGUAUGGCAGAGUAAAAGAGCUACUUAAAUUAAACACGAGUAUAUUUUUUUUUUUAUGGUGUUAUAGCAAUAAAGGGAUGUUUUAUAUAUUUUUGGGGUUUUUAAUAAAACAAAAAAAAAA